GAUGGCAUCAUGCCUUUAUGAAUGCCUUUGUGAGGCAGAACUUGAGAAAUACUAUCCCCAUUUUGCUGCUUUUGGUCUUCAGAAGAUCGACGAGCUUGCCAAGGUUUCCAUGAAGGAUUAUACCAAACUGGGAGUCCACAACAUGAAUGACCGCAAACGUCUGUUUCAGCUCAUUAGAAUAAUCAAAAUUAUGCAAGAAGAGGAAGACAGAGCGGACUUACACAAGCAAGAUUUCCAAACAAGUGGCCUUAUUGUUGAGCCUCAGGUGACCAGAUCAGGUCCCCGCAGACAACUGCAUUUUGAGUCCUUCUUUGAUAAAAAUGCUGGAGCUGCUAAGGACUCUGAACUUGAAUCAUACGGUCCAUCUGAUUUCUGUGCCAAUGAAGAAAGGGACAGUCUAGUGGAAAUGCUGGGACACAUUCCACCACAUGAUUCAGAGCUGAUUAGAAUAACUAGAAGAGACUUAAAUACUCCUGGAAUAUGCACAAAAAAUGAACUAGACCAUACUACAGUAUCUGAUGAUAUUGCUCCUCUCUUGGGGGAUUCUGAAACUCCCAUAAUACAAAGAAUAACUCAUAUUUCAGGGUAUAAUUAUGGACUACCUCAUUCUUGCAUCAGAUCGAGCACCUCUGAGAAGGAAACUCCGUGGACAGAGAGCGAAAAAAUCCGAGUGUGUGUCCGAAAACGUCCCCUGGGCCUAAGAGAGGAGCGACGUGGGGAGGUUAACAUCAUCACAGUGAAAAAUAAAGAAACUCUACUUCUUCAUGAGAAGAAGGAGGCAGUUGAUCUCACACAGUAUAUUUUACAGCAUGUCUUUUAUUUUGAUGAAGUCUUUGGGGAGUCAUGUACCAAUCAGGAUGUGUAUAUGAAGACAGCUCAUCCUCUCAUUCAGCAUAUUUUCAACGGAGGCAAUGCAACGUGCUUUGCAUAUGGACAGACUGGUGCUGGCAAGACUUACACUAUGAUAGGUACUCACCGGAACCCAGGCCUGUAUGCCUUGGCUGCCAAGGACAUCUUCAGACACCUGGAAGCACCACAAUCAAGGAAAGAUCUCCUUGUCUUAAUCAGUUUUUAUGAGAUCUACUGUGGACAGCUUUAUGACCUGCUAAAUGGAAGGAAGAGACUUUUUGCAAGAGAAGACAGCAAGCACGUCGUUCAGAUAGUUGGACUGCGAGAGGUUCAGGUGGACUCUGUAGACCUACUGUUAGAGGUGAUUUUGAAGGGGGGGAAGGAACGUAGCACAGGAGCCACUGGAGUAAACUCUGAUUCCUCUCGAUCUCAUGCUAUCAUCCAGAUCCAAAUUAAAGACACAGCCAACAGGACAUUUGGAAGGAUAUCAUUCAUUGAUUUGGCUGGCAGUGAAAGGGCAGCUGAUGCUAGAGACUCAGAUCGGCAAACAAAAAUGGAAGGAGCAGAAAUAAACCAAAGCCUUUUAGCACUCAAGGAAUGCAUUCGGGCGCUGGAUCAGGAACAUGCUCACACACCUUUCCGGCAAAGCAAACUAACCCAGGUCUUGAAGGAUUCUUUCAUUGGCAAUUCCAAGACAUGCAUGAUAGCCAAUGUAUCACCUAGCCACAUAGCUACAGAGCACACCCUGAACACUUUGCGAUAUGCUGACAGGGUCAAAGAGCUGAAAAAAGGGAUCAAGUGUUCUACUCCUGUCACCAACAGACGUCGGAUAGCUGGAAGUGCAUCUCCAAAACGUAUCCAAAACUCUCCCUCUUUGCCCCCUGGGGAAAAGAGCUCCCCAAAGAAAGUGAAGCUAGGCCUUCAGCAUCCUUCUGCUGCUGCGAAAACAAAACCAUGUCCUUCAGCUCUGCAGCCACCCGGGGUCCCCUUCACCUCCACCCCUAGGGGCGUCAGCAAGGGCCACAGCUGCAGAGCAAACCCCAGCUCCCCCUGGUUCCACCACACCAGCCCGGUGAAGGGCGUCCUGCGCAUGGGGCAGCCCCUGAAGAAGAAGGCGGAUGAUCUGUCUCCCCACUCUGCAACUCCCCACAUUGCAAAGGAUUUUAUCAUCAAAAAUGCUGCCUUGAGCGAGGCAAAAGAGAGUGGCCAAAGAGACAGGAAUAUGCAAGAUAAACCCCCUGGCCAAUCCCCGAAAGUCCAGACAGUGCAACCUGUGCAGAAACAGCUUGUUUCUAGAGAAGAUUUUUCCUGUGGGGAUGGAAAUCAGUCUUCUGAUGACAGUCAGGAGUGGGGAAAUGCCUUCGCUAAACAGUGUGUUGAAACAUGGACAAACCUUUCUCCAUUCCAGAAGGAAAGGGAGGAGCAUUUACGUCUUUAUCACCAGCAGUUUCAGCAGCCUCCUAUACUCCAGCAAAAAUUAAACUACCAACCUCUUGAGAGGUUUUUAACUCAGUACAAGCCCCAGGAGAUUCAAGUGCAACAGGAGCUGAGCUUUACCCCCACAGAAGCACAGAGCAAAGAGGGGAUGCAGCUGGAAGAUCUGGAUGACAGUGACUUCAGUGAAGAUUCUUUCUCACCUGUCUGCAGUCAGAAGAGCGUGAAAAGAAGGAGCCCCAGUGAAUGCAGCCAACAUUCAUUUUUCCUUCAUCAGAGAGAACAAGGAACUGAGGAAAAGCAGAAAGACCAAAAGAGGCAGGAUUUAUUAUUUAAAUAUUCAUUUCCCAUGCAAGAACAUGAACUAGAUGACAGCUGGGAUUGUAGCAGAGGCUGUCCAAAGACAGAGGAAUCUAUUAAAAAUACAAGUGGAUGCAAAACUCCAUCAGAUUGGAGCUAUGACUUAACUAUUGAGUCCCCUCCAAGCAAUACUGCAGAAAAACCUUACUGUCUGCAAGAUGAUUUUGCUUGUAACUGGAAAAAUGGCAAAGAUUUUCCAGAUGAUCUGAAACAAUACAAACCCAAACACCAAUGUCUCAUUAAUUCCAGUGAAACUCCCUUGAUUCCGGAAAAGGAGGCUCCAAACCCAUGUGUUUCUCCCAUAUCAAAAUCAGGGACUCCAGAGUAUAGAGAGAUCAACCUCCUACACAGGCAGAAGGAAGAACCCACCUUGGAUAGACCGGCUGCUCUUGCAGGAGACAUGAAAUGGAGAACUCGAAAAAAUGGAGUUGGCCAAUGUGGAGCUUCCGGUCCUUGCUCAGAGCUGUCUUCUGAGGCAGCAGCCCCUCUCACAAUGUCCCUUCUUGACCAUGAGGAAGCAACUGAUACCGAGACUGUGUCUUCCAACCACGAGAAGUCUCCCCACAAGAAGCAGGUGAUGGAGGGGAACAUCCCUGGUGCCCAGAAAGGACCCAGGGAGGAGGCCUGGCAGUGCACGAGGAACAGAGCUCUCACAGACAGCAUGCUGGAGCUCGGGGAGCCAACACGGCGUGCCGGAAGGGGCUGCGUCUUGCAGCGUUUUCCCCAACCAGGGGACAAGUGGUUUUCACCCGCAGGCUGCUGUGUGAAGCCUUGCUGCUGCCUUCUGGCCUCAGGAUCAUCAAAUCAAGGAACUCUUCACGGUUUGUUUGCUGGAAGUGAAACCCUAACAGAAGCAUCUGCAACUGAAUCCAGGGACUCCACAGGAGAGAGGGAGGGUGGCUUCCUGCUCAGGAACUCGGCGUGCAGAGGAUACGCAGAUAGGAGACAGCGUGAUGCUGAUGUUAGAGACAUUACUGAUAAUUUGGGAGAAUCCAAUCCAAAUCAAGGACACGGCGUUGAGCCUGAUAUUUCUGAAAAGGGAUACUUUUCAGGUAUGCCGUGUUUUCCCAGUGGGGGAAAUAUGGAUCAUGCAGCCCAGUGCCCCUCUCAAGAAGGCAGCCGGCUACUGCAGCCCAGGUCAGGACUGAGUCGUUCUGAAGACACAGCCAAGUCAUCUUUCAGAAACGAGGAAAUUGGGUUGCUUAAGAACAAAUGGAUGCAGAGUGUUUUUACAAAAGAGCCUUUGCCAGAUUCAGAAUCAGCUGCCAAGGAGAUUAAGCCACCAGCAAAUGCAAACAGCCCCUCAGGUCUGCCUGGCACCAUCUCCCCGAGCUCUGCGUCAGAGAUGGGAGAGCAGCAGAGGGAAGCCCUGGAAAAGGCACAGCAGGCUGUGAUUCGAGCCCAUCGGCAGCAGCUGGACGAAAUGGCCGCCUUGUGCUUGAAGGAAGAGUGCUUGAUAAAUCAGGUGUCAGCAAUGGACUUUCAGAGCUUCGUGACCAAGCUGGAUGAAAUCUUGGUGCUGAAGUCCAGGUGCAUCCAGACGAUGCGAGCCCAGCUGAAGCUCUGCUCAGCGGCUGGCACCAACACAGCCAUGCAGGCACCACCGCCCGUUUAG